AUGGCUCGACCCAUAGGCAGAGUCUCUGUGCUGGCAAUCGCUGCCCUCUGCUCCGCUGCAGGCGGGAUAGGUCGGGCCUGGAUUGCAGGGGCCUGGUCGCCGGGCCGCCAGUGCGACGGCAGCUCUCAUGCUCUCCGAGCUCUGCCGCGGGUAGAUCGGGCGAAGCCGAAGCUGCGGCGGGAGGACCAGCUGCCGGAAGCGAAAACAUGGAGAGAGUUGCGCAGAGAUCCGCGAUUCGACCACAGCCCGGGCAGCAAAUGGCGGACUCAGCUUCUGCCUGAGGAGGAGUCGCAGGAUCCCAAGCGCAUUCAGAUCAGCUUGGUCAAGAGCCAGUCUAUCCAGAGACUCUUGUACCUCCUGGACGCAGGAGACAUGGAGAGGUGGACUCCGGUGAACUUGGCCACUGCCUGGCAUCGGCUCGCGAAGUUCUCGCGGAACGAGGAUCGCAACGAGCAGCCCGAGGAACGGGAGAUGCACGUCCGGGAGCUCCAACGGCGCCUCACGCAAGUCAUCCUCGGUGUCGGGCCGGAGGCUUUCGAUGCGCGGGGCAUCUCGAGCCUUUUCUAUGCUUGGGGCAUCAUGCGCUUCAAGUCCAAGCUCAUCAAGCCUUUCUGCAUGAAUGCAAGGAAGCGCCUGGAUGAGUUUGACCCACAGAGCAUCGCGAACAUGGUCUUCGGCAUCGGUCUUCUUGGUCUGAAAGGGGAGGCCCGCAUUUUGGAUGCCGUGGGCAAAAAUGUGCCAAGCCGACUGGACGAGUUCCAUCCCGAGGAAGUCACCAGCAUGGUCUACUCUUUGGGCAGGCUGAGCUAUGCGCCUGCAGGAGGUCUGCUGGAAGCCAUGGGCGACUAUGUCAUCGACAGGUUGGACGACUUCAACCCCGUCCAGCUCACGAAGAUUGCCGUUGCAGCCUCUGAGCUCGACUUCAAAAAGAACAGGCUCAUGUUCGCGCUUUGGAACCACAUCGCCAGGCACAUAAAGCUCUUUUCGAUCCACCAGAUCCUGCUCUUGGUGAGAACGGCGGCUCAGAUGCGAUUGAAGCACGUGAAGUUCACGAAGGCAGCUACUGCCGAAGUCAUGGCCCGAUUGAAAGAUUUGGGCCGC